AUGAGCGCCAGGCCGACAUCCAAGAUCUACUCAAUAUUGAAGCCCAAAUGGCUUCAAGAGAGAUCUAGCUCAAAGAGAUAUUUUGCGAAUGCACAAUGCGCACCGAUAUUUCGCCUUCCAACAGAGGUUCUGGCCGAAAUCUUUGCUUUCGCGGUGGAAGGGGACGAGUUCAGGGAGACACCGAGGCCAAACCAACGAGUAUGCGAAACACUAUCCAGGACAUGCUCUCAUUUCCGUGCCAUUCUCCUCGACAUGCCAGCGGCAUGGAUAGUUGACAUAUCCCUCGACUGGUCACCAAGCACAUUGUCAAAAUACCUUGAAAUCAUGCUGAGCCGCGUCUCGGGUAGUCCACUGCGUGUGGUUCUGCGCGAUGGACACCAGUCGGCAAAGGCCGCCCUCCUCAGGGUCCUUUCAGAGGCCCUUCGAAAAGCGAAAAUAGACAGAAUAGAGAGCGCCCGUCUCUUCCUCGGUCGUAUGGAUAUGGCCUACUUUCCACAAGUCUUUUUAGACUUGCUACCUGUAGCGCCGCGUUCGUUGACUCUCCAUGCCCUCGCAUCGCCGCCUACACGGGGUAUAUUCAAACGGACAAAGAGAACAUCUUAUAAAGUGUUCGUCAUUCCCCCAGGUCCCAUGAUCUCCGCAGUCGAGUCGAUCCAAGUCAUCGACGCGCUACUCAAUAUUGGCGUCGACGUUCAUUCCGAAACACCGAUGGCACUGCGCUCACUAAAAGUCCUACAAACCCCAGAAGAGAGUAUGCCAGCAGUGCGCUGUGGUCUCAUUUUCGGCACGUUCCUCGGAAGAUGCACCCAUCUAGAGACCUUGGUGUUCCAUGGUCGUUUAUUCUGGUGGGCUCCUCCAUUUGACACGCCAAGUACAUCUCCUCUCAAGGAACUCUACAUAGCCGAGUUCGACUCUGAUACUAUUCUCCACUCCCUCUCUGUGGCCACGUCGUUCCCCAGUCUUACCAAAUUUGGCGUAUCUGGGUACAAGCCAAGCCUGCUUCUGCCGUUCCUUUUAUCGAAUCCAUCCAUCUCUGAUCUCUCUCUCCCUUAUAUAGCACAAGGAAUGAGAUCUUCCCUCCGCCAGAUCACGAAAUUGACAAUCUCGUCGAAGGGUCUACAUACAUUAUUUCUUAUGGGGGAAGAUGAUAGCCGCACCUUUACUGCGCUGGAGGAAUUGAUCAUUGACUGUCGGGAGAAGGAGGCGAGCCAGAUAGAAUUGGAAACCUUGAUCGAAACACGGGUCACCUCUCCUAUCCUUCACGGUUACGAACGGCCAUUGUCAUCUAUAUCCCUUUUGAGGCCCUCCACCUGGGGGGCACCAACUUCGGAAUUAUCGCCCUAUAUCUCGCCUAACAGUGGCCAUCUCACCAAAGAUUUGAUCCAUGGACACAGCAUAUGA